AACCCUUUUUCUUGCUCUUUUCCAGGAGCACCUUGACUCACUACACCAUGGAUGAGAUGAUUUGUUAUGCUAAAAGAGACAUUGAGUCAUUCAUUCGAACAGGUCCCCUUAACGACGGAAGACCUGGACGAACUGUUUUGCUCUUCAAUGGCCGAGUGUACUGCAGUACUCCUUACAAACAUGCAGAGCAGAUAGCUUUCGAUUCCAUUGGUUAUGACAUUUAUGAAAUUAAAAACAUAGAUAUGUGCAUCAACUACUCCCCUUGCCAUAACUGUGCUGCCAGGAUAUUGCAUGUUGUACAAAAUCACUGUGACGUGAAAAUUCAAAUUAAAUUUGCUAAAGUGUUUCAAAUAAAAGAGCCAGAAAACAAACAAGGGCUGAAAGAGUUAAAGAUGCACGGUGUGACAUUGAAAGCAAUGGAAGGCCAGGACUGGAAAUUCAUUGUUGGAAAGAUUCUUGAGCAUCACUGGAGGCUUUACUGGAAGACCUUACUGCAAAGAACUCUAGAUGAACAUUGGCAAUUGGGACAGGAAAGUGUACAACAAGAGAUUCUCAUGUAUUACAAAAAGAUUUACAGGACAGCUAAAAUGAUGUGCAUUUUCAUAAAACACUGGGAGACAGAAUUGGAAACUGAAUUCUCUCGACUUUCCCUGAGCAACAGGGAGGGAAGAAGGGAAAGUGAUUUACAGCUAAUUAUCAGAGAAAAUUGGAGCAAGGGAAGGUGGGUUGUACUGGCGGAGAUUCUUAAGUAUCAAGGGAUGGAUAACUGGGAAACUGUAUUGAUGGAGAUUUUCAAACAAGAGGAUAAUUACGGCUGGAGGACAGCAUUAAAACACAUUGUUAGCAACCAGCACAUAUCUGACACUCAUCACCAAUACCUUGAGCUUCACAACUGUGAAGACGUCGAAUAUGUUGAAUAUCAACUACUGCAAGCCUGGGAAAACUCAACUUGGAUUCUCUAUCAUCACUGGCGGGACGGUGCGAAGGACAGGUUGACCAGGAUACUCCAAAAUAACGGCAAAACAAACUUGGUGGAACUGGUGCAGGGUAUAUCAGAUGACAACAGGCAGGGAUACGCUUGGUUGAAACUUGUGCUAAAAGCACUACGCAUCGAAAACAGGGUGGAGUGGUCAGGACAGCGCAUUAUUGCAGAUUAUCAUGCCGCACGAAAGCUAAAGCAGAGUUACCUAUAAAGAGUUACAACUGGUAUCCAUAUGCUGUAGCAUUCUAUUGCACAUGCAGCGUACAAGGAUGACCUCUUAUACCAGUUUUGUAGUUGAAAUAACACUUUUCAUUAAAUAAUGGUCUGAAAGACCAUGCACACCAUGUUAGCCCUGGACCCCCCAUACAUUCAUAUGCAACAUUUGAAAAAUUCCAUUUUCUUAACUUUGUGUAAAGGCCAAGCACUUGGUCAAGUUGUACCUUUCUCUGACAGAUAAUCUAAUACCUACAUGUAACUGUCUGAUAUUCAAAUGAUGCAGCGGGUACCGCGAACUAUUUUCAAGAUGUAUUUUUGCG